GGCCGUAGUGUCGAGUCACUUGGUGUUCUUGGGUGACUUGGGGCGCGGCGCGGGGGACCCCGAGGCGCGGAGACCACACACCGCGGUGGCGACGAUGACAGCGGGGCGACUGGCCCUGGUGCUGGCCGCUGCGCUCGUCCGGUGCGGCCGACUGCUCGCCCUGCCCGCCCCGGAAAAUCUUUACAGUCAUUCAAAUAAAGUACACAUAGUUAUGACUGAAGAACCAGAGCAGAUAACCGAAUCAAGUAUACACUAUAAAAUAGAAACUGACUCCCUUUUUGGAAUGGUUAAGAAGCGUAUUCUGAAAUUCGCUCAAGAACCCAAUAAUUCAGAAAUCAUAAAAAAUCUAGUUUUAAGAAACGAAGGUUUCUGCGAUUCGGUCUCAAAAUUAUUUAGGAACUUUUUUAAAGCUAUUGCGAAGAGAAUAUGGCCAAUUAUUAAAAUCCUUUUGAAAUUCUUAUUGCAAAGUCUAUCCAUCGGAGAAAAACUGGAGACUGAAACAGUUGAAGAUUCGGCGAAAACAUCAGAGUUGGCCAGGACAGAUGAAAAUUUAAACACACCGAGGAAAGAAAGUACGAUCAAGCCAUCUAUAACUGUCUCAGAUGUCAGAACAGCUGAAGUAACUGCGGAUGGAUCAAAGUAAUCGGAGCCACCGAACAGAUAAACAAUUUGAGACAAGAGAGUACGACCAAGCCAUAUACAACUGCCGUGGCUUACAAUACAAUACACUGUAAACCUUUUUUUUUUGAAAUUUUACAAGGAUAGUCCUUGUUGUCUCAGUUUGUAAAAAUAUCUCUAGUAAAAUUUCAAGGCAGAGCUUUCUACCAUUUGACUUGCAGCUUUACAAAUAAUAUCGUUGGUAACUGAGUUUCCAAGGAUUUACAUCAUAAAAAGUACUUAAUAUUUUUACAGUGUAGUUCUAAAUAAUAAGUCCUUAGACGCACCCCAAAA